CCCUUCUCUUCUUAUUUCGUUUCUUUCUCCCUCUCUCUAUCUCUCUACAACCUAGGCAGUGGAUGAGAGAAAGGUUGGUGGAGUGCAGAUUUUUGGUGAGUUGAGCUGAAAAGAAGGGUUAAAAAGCUGAGAGAAGAGGCUUGUGAGCAGGAAUUCAGCUGGGGAGAAGGAAAUUGAGCUAAGAAUUAGUAUAUUUCUUAAGUAGUGUGAUACUAAUUGCUUUAUAAGAGGUUAAACUAGGGUCAUCUUGACUUCUAAGGCUUGUAGAGGCUUAAAGAAACUUGUUAGCAGCCUAUAUGCAUAUGUUAAUGAAUUGUUAGGAUGUAAUCUGAGAUAAAAUGAUUUCCCCUUCUGUAUGAAGGUGUUAAAUAAGAGGUUUCUAAGUGAUUAUUACUUGUAUUAGCAUAUAGGGACCUUGAGACUAUGCUGAAAACUGCAUGUUUAUAUGCUAAAAACUGCAUGUAUACAUGUAUAGAGGUGUAUGUGCAUAGUUCAUUAGGAAUAAAAUUUGGGGUAAAUUGACCUUAAUUUCAGAAUGAGGAUAAUGUUAACUACUGUGUAAUUACUUUCUAAAGAGAUGUAAAUCGCAGAUUUUAGGUAUUAGGACUCCUAAUACCAUGACAAGCUUAGGAAACAUGAUGCUGGCAGCAUAUGUGAAAGUUUGGCGUACUCGAAAGCUCGAAUUGACAUUCCGACGGAUUUACGGCGUGCUAAUUAUGAUAGACGUCGUUUUAGCUUCGUUUGCAUCGAGUCGCGGGGACUAGGUGCUCAUAGAUUUCGAGACGUUGGUACUAGUCUUUCGACAUCCCUACGAGAGUUAUGGUGCCGCGGCGCGCGACGAGAUCCACUCCGGCAUCACCUCCUAAGGUGCCUGAGCAGCCUGGGACUGAUGAGGUUCGUGAGCUGCGGGCUCAAGUAACCGCUUUUGUUGGGGCGAUGCAGAGACAAGAGGAGCGAAUGGAGAAACUGCAGGAUUUGGUGUCGCAGCAGGCGACGGCGACUGCACCUGUGAGUCAGGAUGUGCCUGCAACUGCGGAGCCGGCAACAGUGCCCCCUGUUCUGGCGACUACUCAUCCGGUGGUUUUUGGCCCUUCCUGUUCUGAUUCGGUGGCGAUAGAGGCCGAGCAUGAGCGAUCGCUUUCGGUAUUGACGGUGUUUAUGCGGUUUAAUCCCCCUAUGUUUAAUGGAGUUGUGAUAGAUCCUUGGGCAAUGGAUACAUGGCUUACUUUUAUGGAAGCAUUGUUUAAGGAUAUUUAUACUCUGGAAAAAGAUAAGGUUCAUUUGGCGGCACACUGUUUUGAGAAGGACGCUCAGGUUUGGUGGAGAAGAACCAAGCAAAAGAGGUCUCCAGAUCAUCCACCGAUUACUUGGGAUGAGUUUUGGGAGCUACUGUUUAUGGAGUACUUACCUGAUAGUGACAAAAGAAAGAUGAAAGAAGAUUUUUGCAAAUUGAGACAGGAGAACAGUUCAGUACGGGAGUAUGAACAGGAGUUCUCGCAUCUGGUAAAUUGUGUGCCGGGGAUGAUUCACAGGGAUCGUGACCGGACCGAGUGUUUUGAGCGGGGGUUGCGACUCGAGGUAUUCAAGAUAAUACAUGCUUUUAAGUUAAAGAUUUUUGAAGAGGUUUUGGAUCGAGCUCUCUGGGUUGAGCGAGGAUGCGAUUGCGCAUGAUGAAUGCAAAUCGUUUGAAAGGAAAAAAGGAAAGGAAAAAAAGGAAGAAGCGGACUACCAGUAGUGUCGGGGGACAGUCGAGCUCUAAACGGCCCCCUCGGUACCCACGACCCCAGUCGAGGUAUCAGGGACCCACUAGAUGUGUUAUUUGCGGCGGCAGUCAUCAACCGACGGUCUGUCCACAGCGUGAAGGGAAGUGUUUUAGAUAUGGUCAGCUGGGACACAUGGUUCGGCAGUGCCCGAGUAGAGCGUCAUCUGCCUCGUCCACCGCGUCGGUUCAGUCGCCCCCGAGACAGCAGGCGGGUCUCCCACCCGCUAUGUCCGCUGGACGCUCGCUUGUGCCGCGUCAGUCUGAGGCACCCCGACCUGCACCGAGCAGUCGUGUUUUUGCUACACAGGUAGAGGAUCCUGCCGUGGUCGACGGCGUCGUGGCAGGUAUUGUUUUAAUUAAAGGCACUAGAUCUCGUGCAUUAUUUGAUACAGGUGC